CCGUCGAUUACAUGUAUCCAAUCAAUCGCAGCAAGUGAUCUCAAAACAGCAAGGCAGGUGUUGUCGACCGACAGUCAAGACACACGAUCCGAUGCUAACCUGAUGUUUCUAGCCAGACAUCGGACGACGAAAUGCACUUCACUGAAACGUCCAGAGAUCACUGCAUCCCAAAGAGCAGCAUUCCACCAUCACCACAUCACCACGCGAGCAAACACAGACCAGAACAAAACCACGCCGCUGCAGACGGUGGCGAUGUCCCGGUAAAAACAAAAGGCAUCGCUGGUUGGACGAGCAGGCGACGGUUCGAACGACAGUUCUCUGUGGUACCCCGGAAACGGCGAUGAGUCGGACUAUCCGACAAUCUCGACUCUCGAACCUGGAAAGUGCAAACGAAUCUCGUGAACUGUACGCCUGUAUGCGCUGUCCUCCCACUGGCCGCGUGCACGGCGCCAGAGUGGCGAGUGGAGAGAUCAAGAAGCGUCUCCUGGCGCUCGCCGGCGUUCAAAGAGUUAAAGGUCCGAUCUGCGAUUUGACUGUUGUCUUUCAUCCUCAUGUCACUUUGAUGCUGUCUUGACUUCGUUGUAAGACAUUUCACGCCUUUCUGGAUCAAGCAUCCCUCUCACUGCUGCCUGGAAUUCGUUAACCAAAACGGAUUGUCCGCGCUCUCUCACUUUUGCAACAUGGCACAGGCACACCAAGGACGUGGUCCGUCACGAAAGCGAAGUGCAAUUUGGACCCUCUUUUCCGUUCCCGAAGGCGAAACUGCAAAGUGCAACUUUUGUGGAAAUGCUCUUUCCUACCGUGGAGGAGCAACGGCAAAUUUGUGGCGGCAUGUCCGAGUCAAGCACCCUGGCGCAUCUCUCCUGCGCUCGAACCCGGUCCUGGGGGCAUCGCAACAACAAGGUAACGAUGAGGUUGUUGACGACCCAGUGGAACCCUCACACCCUUCUCCGAAUGAAUCCGGUGCCCGACCUUCGGUUCCUUCGGGACUGUCAUCUUUAUCCUUGUCGGCACCGACCACUUCAGGACAGUCCGCUCCUCCACGUCCCCUACCUGUUGCCCGAGGACACCGAUGGGAAACCCAGCAGCAAGCUACAAUUUCUCACUACAUGAACAGACCGCUGACACUCAGUAAGACGGCAAAGCUAGACGAACAGCUGGUCAAACUUAUUGUCAAGGAGUAUCACCCAUUCUCCCUUGUCGAGGGUGAGCAGUUUAAGCAGUUUGUCUACGCGCUAAAUCCAAAUUACCGGCUACCAACGAGGAAAACGCUGUCGUCGACCCUCCUUCCACAACAGCAUGCAAAGGUGGCGGAGCAGGUAAGAAUGCAUUUACGAAGCGCAACGGCAGUUUGCUUAACGACAGAUGGUUGGACGUCAAUGACAAACGAAAGUUACAUUGGACUGACUGCACACUUCAUCGAUGAAAACUGUGAGAUGAAGUCAUACCUUCUGGACUGUUUCUCUUAUAAUGAGCGCCACACCGCUGAAAAUAUCGCAAGUGAACUACAGAGAGUGGUGACAGAGUGGGACAUCCAGAACAAGAUUUGCGCUGCAGUAAGCGAUAGUGCGGCCAAUGUCACUGCUGCAAUUCGUGCGUGUGGUUGGCGUCACAAUCCGUGCUUCGCACACGUGCUGAACUUGGUCGUGCAAGCCGGCGUACGGGAAAUAAGUAGCGUACAAGCAAAAGUGAAGGCUAUAGUUCGCUUUUUUAAGCACAGCUCGCAUGGAUUGGCAAGGCUACAAGCAAUGCAGCAACAAAUGGGAAUGACGUUGCUUAAGUUGAAACAAGAUGUUCCCACCCGUUGGAAUUCGACGUACGAAAUGUUUUCAAGGAUAGUGCAUUUGAAGGAUGCAGUGCUAUCCACUCUGGCCAUCUUAGACGCGAGUGUUGAACAGCUGUCUCAAACGGAAUGGACAGUCAUAGAGAAAUCAUGCGACAUCCUGAAGCCAUUCUUGGCGGUGACUACCGAGAUGAGCAGUGAAAAAACUGUGACGGUGUCAAAAAUAAUACUGCUUGCCCGAGCACUCAUUACCCACGUGGAUAACGCCAAGAAAGACCCCAGCCUGCCGGAAGACUGCAAAAAAAUGGUGAAAGUGCUUUCGGAGCAACUGGCAAAGCGAUUCGGAGAUGUAGAGGUAACAAGGCUUCUAGCAGAAGCAACCGCUAUGGAUCCCCGCUUUAGGAGACACGGAUUCCAGCGAGAGACCGCAUUCGAGAUUGCCUACCGCUCGCUGUCGGCACAGGCAACAGCAGUGGAAGUCCCCCAGGACUACAGCGAUGCACCUGCGGACCAGUCCCGGGCGCAAGAUCCAGAAGAUCCGCUAUGGUACGAAUUCGACACAACCAUGUCACUCGUACUGACCUGCGCGAACCCUACAGCGGCUGGUAUACUCGAGCUCGACAAGUAUCUGCAGGAGCCACCACUUGAGAGGAAACAGAACCCCCUCACUUGGUGGAGGGAAAGGCAGCACGUCUACCCACGCCUUUUUAAGAUAAUGAAAAGCAAAUUGUGCGUUGUGGCAACGUCUGUGCCAUGUGAGAGGAUCUUUUCUAAGGCCGGACAAAUUGUUACAGAAAGAAGGAACCGGAUAGCACACAGCAAGGUGUCCAAAGUGCUGUUUCUUAACGUAAACAUGCAGUAGGAUCAUACGCGUAUCACCUUUAUGUGCGGAAGUGGUUUUACAUAUUUCGCCGAAGAACACUUGUCCAGCAAUGUAAAAAUAUUGUGCUUUGUGUUUGUACGCGACGUAGACUGGUCGUUUUUAUGUUUUCAAAGUUCUAGGCACGUUUGUUUUCCAUUCUCCGGGAUCAAAUAAAAACUUUAUUUUCUGAAUAACGCGUCCUGGAGUAGCCAGUCCCGAGAUGCUCGAGACUAACAUCUCCAUUUUUUUUUUCCUUUUUACAAAUCAAUCAACACGCAGAGCAGAGUGAUUCAUAUUGCGCUGAUCAACACGAAGAAAACAAGACCACACGGGCAAACCGCAGUUGUGCACGCUGACGAGCAUUAGACAGGACACCCUCUGAAGUGAACGAAGUCCCGUCCACCUAUAUUCAACAAGGAGAGGACGGGAUGAACGAUGAACAAGCACAGGAAGCCCUGCCACACGCGCACACACAGACUACAAAAAGAAACACACACAGUGGUCCUGUAUUGCAAGUCAUCCAAAAACCCAUUAGUGUGAGCCUUUGAGGUCAACUAGCCACGGCGGCACGACAAGGCGAUAUGACAGCGGCAGAGCGAGAGCCACGACUGCAAACAACAAACGGCGUUGUGGAGCCUCUCUGAACCGAACAGCGCAGCAACUACACACUACUACACCGCACACUGCAGCUUCGAUACCCCUUUCUCACUCCUGGCCUCCAGCUCGUUCUCCCUCCCGGCGAUUCAGCAUUCAGCUGCUUAGUUCGUCAGUUCACCGACUCUCGAUUCCUUCGAACUCUCUCGGUACGAACGAAACACCCGCGCCCCCGCGCCUCCAUGGGUCUCUCCCUCACCUUACGAACCUCUUUACGAACUUGUUCCACUAUGAAAGAUGAAAAUCACUGAAAAGGUUAGCCAGCUGUAGGGAUCAAACCCACAUCUUCUGGAUUACCGGAUAUCGGUUCCUCUCUUGUUCCACUGAUUCCUGAUUCCCUCAACAGUACAACAGUACGCCCUCCCCGCCGCCUUCGCCACGUCCAGCAUUCGAGUAGGCAACAACGUCCACAGAUGGCGCGACGGCCAAGAAGCAGCCGCUGUCGCCGCUGUUUUUAUGCAUGUUCGUGCUUGUUAUGGCGAUUGUGGAUGUGGUCUUACAGGGUGAGCUGGUGAACUGUUGAACUGAGAGUUGUGUGAUCGAAGAAUCGACACCCACAGUUCAGUCCGGUGAUUCGUUCACUGUGAUCGAAUCAUUCGCGAUUGACACAUCACUAAGAUGCACCAUGCGAAGUAAUUUACACCACGGAGUCAUAAUUAUCGCAGAAAUUGAAUUUAAAAUACGCCGCAACAAGCGACCGUGCGCAAUGGUGGUGAAGAGCAGUACCAGCCUGUGAUCUGGCUGGAACCUUGCGUUAACGCUAUAAGGAGAACGCUCGCUGAUUGGCCUAGAGAAAUGUUGUCUGCUACUCCGCUGUUCGGGGUUUUGAUAAAGGCUUUCUCCUUGCUCGGUAAUGCUUCGGCCGCUCCUUCUAUCUCCAAUUCUCCGGGAAAACUGGCAAAACAGGUUUACGGCAGCAAAGGGACAAGGCGCUGACCCCCACUGACCGGCAAACCAGAACAAGUCUGCUUAUGCCGUCAUCGGUGACGUGGCAUCAUACCUCCUCAUCCUCGUUAUAGCUGGAGUGGCGAGUUAAGGGUGAAGGUGCGGAGCUAUGUUUGUGAGUUUUUUUCUGGGAAACAAAUUGCACACAUCAAAACCUUUCGUGCUACUCGGUAUAAUGACACACACACACUUUCAUCAGAUGUCUUAAUCUGAAUUUUUUUUGGAUGGCCCUCUGUACUCCUUUAAGUAAAACGCCGGUUAAGAACAAAAUUAGGCUUAAGUCGAACGCCCACGAUCUCCCAUGCACGGCCUGUAUUCCCGUAAAGCAAAUAAUACCUACUUUAGUCGAAACCACGGCUAAGCCGAACAAAUGUUUUGUCCCAGGCGACAUUUUUCAUCUGUUUAAGUCGAAUUUCACUUCGAAUCGGUAAAUAUCACCUUUCUCGACUAUGGAACGCCAUGAUCAGCCAGCCAACACAAUCCAAUCCAAGUCCGCCUGAUCGAGAGUUAACGGGAUCCAGGCUUGCAUGAUUCCAAAACUAGCGCGAGACGCUGUGCGUGGGGUAGGCUGUUCUGCGCCAACAACGCUAGAUGAGGACACAGUGAAGUGAAAGUCAAGAACUGUGUGUACUGUGCGCGUGCUGUAAUGUUUUGUGCGACAUGUCAUUGGUGACGCUGAGGCAACGCAGGUUGAAGACUCUCACACUUGCAAAAAAGCGCGAGCUGAUAGCAGCGGUUGAAGCCGGCACAAAAUUGAAAGGAGAGAUUGCCGUGGACUUCCGGAUACCAAAGAGCACGUUAUCCACAAUUUUGGCGAAGAAGUCGAAGAUUUUGUUAAGUGCCAGCAGUGUAGGGGCCAAUUUUUAUCAGAAUUUGGCAGUUGUUUGAUAAGUCAAAAUACUGCUUAAGUCAGAUUAACUGGUCUGGAUGGUGGGUGUUUGAGUUAAUGAGAUUUUACUGUACUAUGUUGGCCGGAGGCAAAAUGUCUGCCAUUGUUAGUUUGCAUUGAGCUACAGUAGAAUCUCUGUGAUACGAUCACGAAUGAUACGGAUUUCGGGAUGAUACCAAUCCAGUCCCGACCGGACUGCCCAUUCUUCCCAUGUAUUACAGUUCGGAUAAUACGAACACAUUACCUUGCCUUUAUGGAUGAUAUGAACGAGCCGAGGAAGUGACAGAGGUCGUUCCCCGUGAUGCGAGAGCGCCAGUCAUGCUUCUCCUGCUUUUGAGGAGGGAUGGAUAUCCUCACCACAAACUCCCUUAUAUCAUGUUGCGCAGUGCAAGCAAAGGCUCUCCCUUUGGUGGUGGUGGAGAGAGAUCAAAGGGAUUACACGGCCUGGAACCUUAUCACCUUAUCUCUGUAUUGACCUUUUUACCCCCCUCGCAACAAUAAACCGCGAAGCUGUGUACGUCGCACUGGCUUCGGAAAACAGCGACCAGGGGCCCGAUCUUCAACUGUCGUUAUCCCAUAACGCGCGUUAAAUGCAUCACUUCGGUGUGUGAUUCACCACGAGCUCUUACGCGAGCCUACCAAAGCAGAUGAAAGAUGAAAGUCACUGAAAAGGUUAGCCAGCUGUAGGGAUCGAACCCACAUCUUCUGGAUUGCCGGUCCAGCUUUGAAGCACGCAAACUUUAAAUAUAACAAUAAUGAUCGCUAUGUGAAAGUUGAAGAUCGGGGCCCAAAACACGUGAAAGGAACAUAUCGGGACAACAUCUUGCAAUAUUAUGCAUCACCAUUCCGUAAGUCAGCUCCACCUAACGCCUGCGUGCUUUAGGAGAAGCUCACUUUACGACACUGGCGCUACUCGUGGCUGGAAAGCGUGUGCUGGGCCUUUUGAAUCAUCUUGCAAAUCUGCCUUUUCAGAAAAGAGCUGGCGCCACCGCUCGGCUAGCUGGCAAAGUAGUAACUGGUUGUCAAUCAUGGCGUCAACUAAACCAUGUGCGUGCUGUCUCCGUUGGUAAUAAAGGGUUGUAUUGUUGACUGAUUCGAUGAGUCACAGAAUUAAAGGGUUAAUUGGGCAUAACCUGAAGAUCAUGGAGCAUCUGGGAUGCAACUUGUACCUGUACUUGUACCUGGGGGUACUCAUCUGUCAUUACAGGCUGGAACAAGGUUAUUACCAGUGUUAUGUGCCGAGUAAACAUUGGGCUUCUUCUGCUGUGGGUUCAGUUGUUUGUACGGACAUCGAAAAAAGCCAAACAUAUUCCCCUUGCUGUACUUUGCUUUGCAACUGCUGAACGAACAUGCUACUGCCAUCUUUAACAAAAAGGCUUCUGCUCCAUAAGUUCACGAAAUGUUGCGUCUCACCGCAAAAAUAUGCAACCCGAUACGAUGUGGAUACGAAUGGUAGAUGACAAAACACAACCAAAGUGUUUUGCCAAAGUCCUGAUAGUUGCACAUGCUCCGUGAACAUUUUAUGAAAUAGCCCAUUCCGGCAGCAUUGGCCAAAAACGAAGACACAAAAGCAUUAUGACCGACCUCUUUCACUGAGAGGAAUGGACAAUGAACAGUCACUGUCUAUUUUCUUGCCUCAAUUUUUAUUUUGGUUUAAUUCCUUUAAUACGAAUUUCGGAUUAUAUGAAUUUUUUCCGCUACUCCAUGAGACUCAUAUCGUUGGGAUUCUACUAUACAACGCAUUUUUUUAGAAAGCAUCAGUGGUGAUGUCUUGACGAACUUAGCCAAGUUGAGAUUAAAUUACUCACGUGCUUGUAAAAGGGCCUAGAUGUAAAUGACUACCUAUCCAAACCAGUCUCGUUGAAUGUCAUGACAACGUAGAGGCAAGCACCAUCAUAGGAGAGGACUGCCUACUCGGUGCUGCUGAAAAACUGUUAAUGUUGACCUUAGCUGUCUUCAUUUUUACAGUUAACAGCAGAUGUGUUUAUGCUUGUGUUUAUGGCAGUGUGUUUAUGCUUGCAUUCAUGUAUACAUACAUAUAACUGCCUCCCAUCUUAUGAUACCACUACACCAAGAUGAGUGGAGAAAGAAAUGACAGAGCCCUUGCUGUAUGAUAUUUGUGCAGUAAUUCAAAAGCAAGGUGCAGCUACUUCAGUACGCCUAAGCAUGCAUAUUUUAUGAAGUAAUUCCUUCAGAAACUAAUUUAGGUAACUUAUGUUAACUCGACUUCAGUUAACUGUUCACAGGGUUUGAUCAGGUUCAGCUGUGGCGGUUAAUUUAUUCAAAUGAGUAGGGGGACAGUAUUGAAUAAGUAACAUUGGGUGAAUGUGCAUGCUCAGAUGUUGCACCACGUGGAGCAAGCAAUGUUUUGGAACAGGGGCUCCUACGAAAAAGGAAACUGAGACACUAAGUUAGCCAUUCACAUGCUGGAGUUGCAUCACACAACCAAUGUGUGCACCCACUGUACAGUCAUAAGUGAGGAAAAGCUUAGCAUUUGCAUGUCAUCCCAGUGCAGCAGUCAGUGUUUCUCCUGUUUUACAAUAGUUCGACAGUGGUAUGUUCCAAAUAUACCACAAACUUGGAUUCGUGCAAAGCAAUACUUUUCACGCUGGGACAGUGCCUCAAGUUAGACUAUUUUCUUCACAAUUUCUUUAAUUAUGUCUUGGGAUAAGUUGACCUCAUUUUGUGGUCUCCACAGGGUUGACUUAAUGGAAGCUUACUGUAGAUAGCAUAAAAAAUAUAGUCUGUCCAAGUUCCCUCCCUUAGUUGGUGAGCAGUAGCCUAGCCCAAUGUUGACAUUUAUAGUGUUCUAUGCUAUAGCAUGCAAAUGGAAAAAUUGUUUAACAUUCGUACAAAUUUGUUGCAGCUUUGUUUCACAGUAAGUGCACCUCUCUUCU